AUGGCCAAAGUAGCUACACCAAGCGUUAUGCCUCCAAGUUCUCAUGGAAUUUCAUCAGUGCCUCUAAAAGGUGCUUCUGUUGCUAAAAGAAAGACACCUUCAGAACUUAGGGGAGAGCAGUUGAAGCGGGAGAUUUUUGUAGACUAUACGGAUGAAUCGUCGACCUCUGCUGAUUCCUCGAAAGCUGCUGAGAUGGACAAUAGGCUUAAAAAACCAGGAUCGUUUAGGGCUCCAAGAUACAAUGACACACGUCUUGAUGAUGUAUUUUUUGCCAAAAAGCCGAGGUAUAGACAUGCUUAUGGGAAGGAAAAUGUAAAGGUUAGUUUACAUGCUCAAGCUACAACUAAUAUCUACUUUAUUCAGUUGAAAGCUUUGUUCAAUUAUUGA